AUGGCCGAGUACUCGGUCUACCCCAGGGGAACCGGCAAUACCUUCUAUCCGCAACACACACAAAACAUACGCAACCUCCCCAGCCGAGUGCGCUCACCCACGUCUACCGCCCGCAUACCCUUCCCCAACCCCGACACACCCUCGCCAUCACGAUCUCCUGGGCGCCAGUCGUCUCCCCAGCAGUUCGGCAUGUUCAACCAGGCCCAUGGGCACCAGGGCCACAACGUUAUGAUGAACGGGCGAGCAGGGCAGCAGAACUUUAUGCAGCACAUGAACCUGGGGAAGCCCUUCCAACACAAUCAGCACCACCAGAACCAGCACCAACAUCACCAGCAGCACCAGGACAUCUCCGGAAACAAUCAUGUCGGCCAAUUCAACCACCAGCACAACAUCUCGAGUGGGGGUAUGUCCAACGUGCAGCCCCACUUUACGCCGGGCCAUCUCCAGAACGGCACACCAAACAGCGUUCAUAGUGGACUCAGCAAACCACCAACCGAACACUGGCAAGAGCAAUUGAAGCUGCACCAGACCGCGCGUGAGAUGACGCAGGCCCACUCACACGCUCGCAUCCACCCGAGCGUUAGUAAGAGCAUUGUCGCGGGAACAUCAAACGGGAUGCAAAAAGAGACGGACAAGGAAGAGCGCAAUAGGCCUGCUGCUCAGCGGGUGGAAGAUGCCAAGGACCAGCACAUUUGGACAAUUCUCGAUUUCGGCGGCCAGAAUCUUAAAGUCAUCACGCCAGCCUUGUUUGCCUACACUUUCCUGACCAAGCUCUACCUCAACUCCAACAAGCUCACCUACGUGCACCAGAAGAUUGGACAGCUGCGGAACCUCACUCAUCUCGAUCUCUCCCUGAACAAUCUGCAAUAUCUACCCCCGGAGAUUGGCAUGCUAGUGAACCUGAAGCAGCUGCUCCUGUUCGACAACCACAUCGAGAAUCUGCCAUACGAACUAGGAUCCUUGUAUCAACUGGAAAUGCUAGGUAUCGAGGGCAACCCUAUUCCGGACGACCUGAAACAGAUCAUAAUGGAACAAGGCACCACGGAACUUAUCAAGCACUUCCGCGAGAACGCACCGGGUCCAGAGGCGCCACCAGAGCGAGACUGGAUUGUCCUCGAUGAGGUUCAAGACACGGCACAAGAGACUGUGAGCGCGCUCAGCUACAACAUCUUGUGCGACAAAUACUGUACGCAAUCACAGUAUGGAUACACACCGAGCUCAGCAUUGGCCUGGGAGAGUCGCAGGGAGCUCAUUCUUGCUGAACUGCGGGAGCGCGACGCAGACAUAGUGUGUCUGCAAGAAAUCGAUCAAGAUAGUUUCAACGAGUUCUUCCGAGCAGAGCUGGCGCACAACGACUACAAGGGAGUAUUCUGGCCGAAAUCACGAGCGCGUACCAUGGCAGAAAGGGAAGCAAAGCUGGUCGAUGGGUGUGCCAUCUUCUACAAGAACAGCAAGUACAUCUUGCUGGACAAGCAGCUCAUCGACUUUGCCAAUACAGCCAUCAACCGUCCGGAUAUGAAGGGCGAACACGAUAUAUUCAAUCGAGUCAUGCCCAGAGACGAUAUUGGCGUUGUUGCUUUCCUCGAAAACCGUGCUACAGGUUCCAGAUUCAUUGUCGGAAACGUACACGUCUUCUGGAACCCUGCGUUCCAGGAUGUCAAGCUUGUGCAAGUCGCCAUCUUGAUGGAGGGUAUCACCAAGCUUGCAACUCAAUGGACUAAGCACCCGGCCUGCAAGAACAAGGUGGUGUACCAGUUCACGAAUGGCGAUAGCGAAGAAGGAGCCGAACCCGACCCGACACAGGAGCCCGGACCUUCCAAGGAAUACUCUGAUCCUUCCGAUAUCCCCGUGUUGCUAUGCGGUGACUUCAACUCGCUGCCAUCCUCUGGUGUCUACGAUCUCAUAACACAUGGCAAUGUUUCGAAUGCUCACGUGGAUCUGGGAAGCCGCAAGUAUGGUAACUUCACACGAGACGGUAUAUCCCAUCCAUUCAGUCUCAAGUCCAGCUACGCAUCUAUCGGCGAGUUGGCGUUCACGAACUACGUACCUCACUUCCAAGGAGUCCUGGACUACAUCUGGUACUCGACAAACACACUGCAGGUGGUAGGUCUGCUUGGCGAGAUUGACAAGAACUAUCUCCAGCGGGUACCGGGUUUCCCCAACUACCACUUCCCCAGUGACCACGUGGCCCUGUACGCGCAAUACAUUGUGAAGAAUCGCAAAGAGGCGAAGAAGGUGUCCGAAGUCGACUUUGGGCCAAGCCGCGAUCGAAGGAAUUGA